AUGGAUUCAACUGCCUACUCCACUCGUGGGCCCUCUUCGGGAUCUUCUCAGGAUGCUGAGUCUUCUGCAGUUUUUGCAGAUGGUUUGAUCAAGAACCUUAGAACUUUGACUCUGGACCCUAAUACCAAGCCCGCUUCGCUUCCGCUGGAUUAUUCAUCUCCACGGCAGGAACCAGACUGGAAACAUGAGGAGUCCGGGUUCGGUGCAGUCCGGAGGCGGAGGGGUGUGCGAACCCUGCUGACUGUGCAGCAAAACCUCAAGGAGCGGAUGUUGUGGAUCCGAAGAAGAUAUCUGUGCCAGUUGUACUUGGGAGAAACACAGCAGAAGGAAACAGAGACUAAAAGAAGAACUAAAGCCUUUCAAUGUACCUGUAGUUACUGCAAGUACAAUCGACAGCUUCCUGAGGAGUCCAACAUGGAAAAUAAUGAUGCAGAAUCCAAUUAG